UUUUUUUUUUUCUUUUGUGGCUUGUUUUGGAGUGGGCUCCGGGCUGGACCGCAUGCAUGACACAACGCAAAGGCGAGAAACCCACCAUCAGCAUCCAGGAGCACAUGGCCAUUGACGUGUGCCCCGGCCCCAUCCAGCCCAUCAAGCAGAUCUCCGACUACUUCCCCCGGUACCCGCGGGGCCUCCCCGCCGCCGUGCCCCACCUCGGGCCCCUGCGCUCCGCCCUCUCCGCCCCCCCGGCCGCCGGACCCGCCGGACCCGACCGGCCCCAUGAGGACAGCCCGGACCGGGCUGUCGCCGGAGCCUCCGCCCCCGCGCAGCCCGGCAGGAGGGACGAGGAGCCCGACGUGGAGGGAUACGACUCCGAUGACUCCACCACCCUGGGAACCCUGGAGUUCAGCCUGCACUACGACCAGGAGAACAACGCGCUGCACUGCACCAUCAACAAGGCCAAGCUUCCAGUUCCCAGAUACAAGAAGGGGCUCAAACCGAUGGACCACAACGGGCUGUCAGAUCCGUACGUCAAGCUGCACCUUCUGCCCGGCGCCAGCAAGGCCAAUAAGCUUCGGACCAAGACGCUGCACAACACACUCAACCCGGUGUGGAGCGAGACGCUGACCUACUACGGCAUCACGGACGAGGACAUGGUCCGGAAAACGCUCAGGAUUUCCGUGUGUGAUGAAGACAAAUUCCGCCACAACGAGUUCAUCGGGGAGACGAGGAUCCCUCUGAAGAAGCUGAAGCCCAACCAAAUCAAGAACUUCAACAACUGCCUGGAGAAGCAGCUCCCUGUCAAUAAGACAGAAGACAAGUCUCUGGAGGAACGUGGGCGCAUCAUGAUUUCCCUCAAGUACAACACGCAGAAGUCUUGUCUCGUGGUGGGAAUCAUACGCUGUGCUCACCUCGCCGCCAUGGACGCCAACGGCUUCUCCGACCCUUACGUCAAAACGUUAGUGUACAAACACCCGCACCCUUCCAGGCCUGUUUCCUCGUCUGCUUAG